CAAGGGCUUAAGCAAGGAAGAUCUUUGAUUUUUUUUCAGUCGAAUAAACAAGACAGGGCCCGUGUAUCAAAUAUAUUUGAUAAAAAUUGAACGGAAAACGUGUUCGGUUCUCGCACGAGGUGACGAGAGUACACGCGAGAAUCGGAACGACUCCCGCUUCAAGCGGCCGAGCGGCGCAUAUAUAAAACACGUACGCGCACACUCAUUCGUGAAAUACCAAGGCACAGAGAGUAGCGCGACAUAACCCGGUUUCUUUUUUUUCCUCUUACACGCAAAAUUUCUGCGGCAAUUUCUACUUCCCCCUCCUACCCUUUUUCCGCGAACUUCCCUGUUUCCCUGUGAGCACGAAACUUGUAAAUUUUUCUCAGUUCAUUCGUAUACCAUCGGUAAUAUUCUUACGGAAGGAACGAACAGGGAAAGGGCGUUAUCGUCAAACGCUGCAAACAAAAUACGGUGGUCAAAGUGAAUGGUGGUGUGUGCAGAAAGCUCAAAGAAAGUGUUCCAUUGGAAGCGAGUAGUAUCUUGAAGACACGCAACGAGGGAGAGUCCAAACCAUACGUGCAUAUAUUAUUAUACACACGCGCUAUAUACAGACAUAAAUACACAUAGAUAUACGUGGCUUGUGCACGAUAAUAUCAGCGUAAACGUGUAAGAAAUAUGGAACAUGCGGGCGGUGACGGUAGCAGCGAUGGGGAUGGUGAUAGACGGGCUCCUGGACGUGGAAAAGGACGCGAAGGUUGGUCACCUUUACAACAGCAUCCUCAGGAACAACUCAGGCGACCUCAUCAACCGAACAAUGCUAACCAAACACCAGGUAAUCCAGAUGAAUGCAGAGAAAAGGGAGAGGCAGGUUCAUACGAAGUACGGAAUUCCAAUUUAUCUGCCAAUGCCGCUGUUUUUGUACCCAGGAACCUUGGACCUACUGCUGGAACAGAAUUUUGGUACAGACCAUCAGCUCAGGAUCGGAUAGCGCUGGCAAGAAAUCAACAACCUUGUCCUCCUCAGCAAAUGCAUCGUCCGAUGCAGCAGCAGCAUCAUUAUAUUUCUCAUCACCAGCAACAGCAGCAACAACAAUACAGCUAUCAAAUGCAACAAAUGCAUUAUCAGGGUCAACAGUAUGCUGAUCCGGAUGCUGGGAUUCAAGGAUAUCUCCCUUAUGAGGGAGGUUAUAGAAAUUACAAUAGACCUCAAGCAAACGGUUCCGAGCGAUCAGGGGAUAAUAAUCAAGUAACGACUUUUGCUGGAGUCUUGCGACAGCUGGAAAAUGCAAUGGAUACAUUAAACAGAAGUCCUGGCCAAUUUGAUGAUUUAGUUGUACCGCUUGUUUGCAGUAUAACUCCUCAUUUAAAGAAUUCUAGUCAUACUCAGGAAAUCGUUAAUGCUAUCAUUAAACAGUCGAUCAGAGAAAGUAAUUUCCGAUACAGUGGAGCUCGUUUGUGCGCUCAUCUCGACGCUGUGGACUCCCCUUCCGAUGAUGGAGAAUCCAUUUUCAGGACUGCCCUAUACACUAGAUGUCGCGAGGAUACCGAAUCCGAAACGUUACGUUGGCAGGAAGAACAAAACGAGAAAACUUGCCACGGAUUGAUGCUUUGUCUCGCAGAGCUUGUAGCUCAGAUGGAUCAACCCGCAGCUUCUGUCCUUGGCAAAUUGUUAGUUCAAGUUAUUUCGGUGACGCUCAAAAAUCCAGGACCGAAUUCCGCUAAAUUAAUUUGUCAGUCACUGAAGCUAGCGGGUCAAUAUUUGGAGAGAGACAGCAGUACGAAUCGUGAAGAGAUCGAGCGAGUUAUGCGAGAACUGACGCAAUUGGUCACCGAGGGACGUGUCGAUGUUCACAUAGGUCGUAUGGUGAACAGCGUUCGUGAAUUGCGUAGCGGGAACUGGGGGCGUGUCGUCUCGCACGGACCUUCAACGGUCGAGCCCAGCACGGCUGUUAACGAACAACAAAUUCCUCAACAUUUGUUCAACGAGCCGGUCCUUUAUGGUCCGGACGGUACUAUCCUGUCGGCCGAGGAAAGCAAUUUUUGCCAGAGUCGGGCGACCGCUGAUGGAGUCGGUGACGACGGUGGCGAUGGCGGUUUCGAUAUGCGUAAAUUCGACGAGGAAGACGAAGAUGACGUGAUUGCAGCGGCAUACGAAGAAUUCCUGAAGUUAACACCCAAUAAAAGUGGUAGUAGCGUGGUAGACAGAGGAUAGUCGCUUCGUUUUAGGCACUAAUAAAUAACAAUUAUACAGUAAUCGACAAGCAACUCGAAAAAAAAACAAAAACAGGUUUUUUUCCUUAUAAAUUUACACACUUUCACGAAAGAUCGCACGAGAGAUUACAAGAUAUCGAGAAAUCUUGUUAAGCAAGUAAAAUCGAAAAGUUCGCCAGCAAUUUUGUCAAGAAUACAACCGACGAAAAUCUGAUCCCCAAGAAUCGUCAGUUCAACGACUUAACAUUGCUCUUUUUAUUUUUUAAUACACCCCUUUAUUAUGUACAAUUAUGAAAAUAGAAUAAGGCGGAAUCGAUCAUGAUUUAAAGUUUGUAGGUUAUAUACUACAUACGAACAUGUAUAUGUAUAUUAUAUAUGUAUAUUUAAGAAAAAAGAAACCGGAUAAACACUACGGAGUAUAAACAAUGGGUCGCUUAAGAUAUCGUCUCGUUCCAUUAUUCCCGAUAGUCGGCAAUGUAUACGCUCUGAGGGAUAACAACAAAAAGAAAAAACAAACAUGAAAUACUACUCUAAAUUAAAUAUUAAUUCGAUGUACGGAGCAAUAUGUGCGCUCGCUGUCAAUCCACACCCUCAUCUAAUGCCCAUAUGCAGCGGCACGUCAGCUGGCAUUUUAUUUGUAUCAGUAUACAUCACUUAUGUACGGUAAAACAAUAAACAAAAGAAUUAUGUCUUUUCGUUCAUAGAGGUGAAAAAAAACAAA